AUGCCUUACAAAUCCAGACCCUGGGACCGUCAAUUCCACCCAAAACUGCUCGAAGAAGGUGCCUAUAUGGUCCAAAUUGACGUGGAUCCUGUGAAUGGUGGCAUGACGUUGAAUGAGAAUUUUCUCGUGGAUUUUGGAAAGGUGGAAGGAGGCCCGUAUCGAGCCCAUGAGAUGCGCUACCCUGGCGGCGAUUGCACCUCCGAUGUUUGGGCC